AAUGUGCUCGCCUUUUCCAAGCAGCGAAUGAAAAAAAAACAUGGACGACCAGCGGGAAGUUCAAAAUCCCAAACGAAACAAAAACUCCAGCCUCAAUUUGUCGGGUAGUUCUGCGGUGGCCAUGGAAAUUAAAAGGAAGAAAAUACGACAGAGUGCAUUAUUCCAGCAAACAGAGAACACCAACAUUCAAAAGAAGUUAGACUUUGAGCUGCGAAUGCGAGAGGGAGCCUACAAGCUGCUGUUGGCCUGCAGCAAGAGGGAACAAAUUCUCAACGCCUCCAAGAAUCUGCUGACCUGCAAUGCCAGGAUCAAGGCAUACAUGGAUCACAUGCAGAAGAUGAAGGAUGAGCAGGAUAUAGCAGGAGAAGUCAGCAGAAAUUCAGAGGAGCGUGUGCCAUGUAGAGGAAGGAUUGCUCUGUCUGGCCUUCGUCUUCCAUUGAUGUGGAAGGAUCAGGAUCACUUUAACAACAGAGGAAGCUCGCGGCGGGUGGCCAUCUUCUGUCUCAUGCAGAUGGGCUGCCAAGUGUUUGACACUAAGAUGGUAGUGGUGGACAGAACCAUCACGGAUGUUUGCUUUGACGAAGUUGCUAUCUUUCAAGAUGCAGUUCCUGGGUUUAAGCUGCGAGUAGAGCUGUGGAGUUGCGCCUUUGAAGAAGAGCUCAACCUGGUCAAUACACCAAGGAAGCUGGCUAAGAAGCUGCGGAAUUCAUUUGGGAAGACUGCGGGCAAGAAGCUCUGUCCUCUGUUGGAUAGUUCAGACCCUGACACUUUCCUCCAGUCCAACCCAGUGCCGCCAGGAGCCAAGUACAACCUCCUGGCCUACUCCACAAUGAGACUGCCAGAGGCUGAAGGCAGCUUUCAGUCUCAUUCGCUGGUCGUCCUCCAAAAUUCUGAUUGGUCCUCCUGGCUUCCACUUUACGGCAACCUGUGUUGCCGCUUGGUGGCCCAGCCUGCGUGUAUGACACAAAGAGUGAUGACUGGAUACCUCAAUCAGAAGCAAAGUAUGGACGGCUUUGAGCGCCACUGCAGCUUCUACUGCAUCCUCAGUGCCAGCACCUUUUCGUGCUACUUCAGUCCUGAGGAGAUUGAUGCCAAAGUGCAGCCGGCGCUCCGCCUGGCAAUAAACAAGGACACCCGCGUCCGAGUGGUGGAAAAGCAAUCGGGUGGAAAGAAUUCCAGGAGUCUUUCCAUCAUUAAUCCUUCACCCGAGGGAUACCAGACUGAGGUCUUCACAGCAGACACCAGGGAGGAGCUGGAUGAGUGGCAGGAAGCGCUGCAUCAGCAUCUCUAUGAUCAGAGUCAGUGGCUGCACUGCUGCAAGCAGCUCAUGAAAAUCGAGGUGGUGUCACCAAGGAAACCCUCACUCUUCCUCACCAAACAAGCAGACUCUGUUUAUGACGAACUCAGUAUCAGUUCUCCAGGCAAGUUGGAGAGCAUCACUGACAUCAUCCAUAGCAAGAUCGAGGAGACUGAUGGCCACUUUCUGAUUGGUCACAAUGAGGCCAGGCAACCUCCUAACUGGUCCACUCUGUUUGAUGGCUCCCACACGUUUGUGUCGCAAAAGAAGACAACUGCUAAUGUUGUUUCCCAUAGUGAAACCUGCACACCGUGUUCAAGCCCCAAGCCAUGUUCCAGUUCCACACCUAACAGUGGCAAGAAACGGCGUGCUCCACCUCCUCCGACAAGCCCUUAUGCUGCUGUUGCUCCUCCUCUUCGCCCUGAUAGACCUCCUCGGCCUCUUCCUCUCUCACACCUAGGAAAGGAAAACACUUCACGGCUAAAGUCUAAAACAGGAAGACCAUCCCUGGAUGCCAAGUUCUCCGCCAUCAUUCAGCAACUGCAGCACAACAACAAAUAUGGUGCUCCGGCACUAGGACGUAAGAAUGCACCGCUUGCCUUCGCUCAGGUUGACGGUCAAGCCGAUGAGGUUCCUGUACCAAGGAGCAAUCUGAGGAAGUCGUUUAGAGAGAGGAUGAACUUCAAAGCCAACAUAUAAUACUGAAUUGUAAUUUUUACAAUCACCUGUCGAUUGUGUCACAAAAGAUGGCAUUUUAGUUGCGGCCGUUUGCUAUUUUUUUGCUGUGAAUUGGUUAAUAGGCACAAAUUGUGCACACAAUGUGAAGCUGAAGUUGGAUGAUUACAAUCGGCUCAGCAUAGUUCAUAGAUGCUUCUAUAAGAACCCUUACCAGAGGCGGCCAUAAUUUUAUGCCAUGGCCAUAUUUCAUUUUUAGACUGCUCGGAGGAAGGGCUCAAAAUAUGUUUUUUUGAGGAACUUACAUUGCCUACUCUGUCGGAUCAGAAUCAAAUUUGGGAGGUAUAUUCUAAGAAUGUAUUGGCAUCAAUUCUCAUAACUUUUUGUCUCGGGGCUGAUUAAUUAAUUGCGGACUUAUUGUUGCCUGUGCCUUUGGUGUCUCUGGGCUGAUGAUACUGUUAGAAGGCUGGGUGGUCACAGUUAGUUUGAUCUUGUUUAAAGAGAAUACAGUAACAUGAUACUAAGACUGAUAAAAGUUCUUCUACUGGAAGAGAAAGCUUAUGACUGAUUAUCAUUUUUAAAACUGUAGUGAGACCAGUUAGCAUCGUGAUAGAAUAGAAGAUGCUGAAGGAAAUGCCAUAAUUUUUGUACUAUAAAAUGCUACUUUUCCACUGUGAUUUGAACCCUGUGGCUAUUUUAGGAAUGUUUACAAGUUGAUGUCUUUUGGUGUGUGUGGAAACAUGCGGCUUGUACAUAUUUGGGAAAAAAAAAAAAAAUUAGAAAAUUGGGUUGCUGUGACUUAGUCGGGUGGGUGUGCCUUAUGUACUGUAAUUUUUGGCCUAUAACAUUCAUUGUAGGGCUUGUUAGCAUAGCAUAUAUAAGUAGUGAAGGCCAGUAAUUGAAUAUGAUUAAAUUUAUCCAUUUUACUACUAUAUAAUUAAUAUUAUAACCAAUGUAAUGAAAUGAAAGUACAUUUGGAUUUUAAAUAAUCUCAGUAGGGGUAAUAAGUGAACAAUUUUGAUCGUAUUUUGGAUAAAGACAUAAAAGUUAGCUUUUUAUUGUAUAGAUUUAAACCAUCUUUUCUUGUCUUUUGGCUUUUACGUGAUAACAUGGGAGUCACACCUGUUGCAGGAAUAUGUGUUUAUGCGUGAUGGUGCUGUGGAUUUUUUGUCAUCGUAACUCAUCUCUUAAGGGUGUGAGAGCUAGAUGUGGAGGUGGCCAUCAUGUACACCACAUCUACAGUAAGAUUGUGGUGGAACUGUGCUUGCGGCAGUCCACAGAGCCAACUAUUUGUAGAGUUUUAUUUAUUUUUUCUUUAUUGACACCCCCUUAUUUUUUUUCUUUUACAGCAUACCUACUGUAAUGCCAUCACUUGUGAGAAACCGUUAUGAUGCACUUUUCAGCCAUUUGUUGAAAUAUGGCUGAACCAUAAAAUGGCCCCAGCUAACCGACAUUCUCACACGCAUAUUCAUUUUAAUAUACAGUAUCACCUAAUUUAAACCCAGCCUGUAUAAAGUGUGUAUGCAGCCAUGCAGUCACUACAAUAUAUAAAGUACUUUCUUAUGGUUCUUUUUUUUUAAAGCCACAAUUGUGAUACACUUUUCAGCUGUUUAUAGAAAUAUGGCUGAACAGUAAAAUGGCCGCAGCUUACCUGGAAACUCACACACAUAUUCAUUAAUGUGAUAUGCCACUUAAUUUAGUGCUGCUUAUAUAUACUGUAUGUAACCACGCAGACACUGCAAUAUGUACAGUGCUUUUUGUACAUUUUUUUUGUUGGGUUCAACAGACGUCCAAUCCAUUUUACUGCAACUGGGAGGACUGGAAAUGAUUCUUUGUUGCACAUAACAGCUGAUAAUUGAGUUAGUACAGUGUUUUCUGUUUUUUGUUUUGUUUUUUUACAUUAAUAACACUCGUCGUAUUCUUGUAUAGCAAGUAAUCUGUGUGAGGUGAAUCUGUAAAGCCAAUUGUCAAGUGUUUGCUUUUCAGUCAGAUUGGUUACUUAAUGAUUUUGUGUUAAUUGACAAGUGUGAAUUAAAAACACUGUAAAUUCAGAUGUUCUUUUUUACCUUAAUUUUCGGACUAUAAGCCGCUACUUUUUUCCUUCAUUUUGGAUCCUGGGGCUUAUAGUCCAGUGCGGCUUAUUUAUUGAUUUAUUCGGGUUAAUAGGUAACACAUGCCUGCUAGCAUGCAUUGCAGCGCCAACAAUGUAAACAUCAAUCAAAAUACAUGUUCUAUGCUAUUUUUUUUAUUCAGUUACUGUUCCAGUUGUUUCAUUAAUUGCUAGUUAUGGUAUCUGGGA